AUGGUCGACUGUAUGAGCAAAGUCAUGCUGCACACGGUCGUCUCAUGCUGGCCACCAUUCCUGGGACUGGCCCUCGUGGCUGUCUUUGUGGGUUCCACCCUGGGAUGUCCCUCGCGCUGCGAGUGUUCAGCGCAGACCAAGGCAGUUGUUUGUCACCGCAAGCGCAUGCCCAGCAUCCCGGAUGGCAUCCCGACCGAGACCAGGAUCCUGGACCUUAGUAAGAACAAGCUAACGAUGAUCAAUCCUGAUGACUUUUUUGUCUUUCCUGGCCUUGAGGAACUUGACCUCAGUGGAAAUAUUAUCAGUUAUGUUGAGCCUGGAGCUUUUAACGCCCUUUUUUCCAUGCACUCACUCACUCUCAAGAGCAAUCGCAUCAAGCUCAUUCCUCUGGGCGUCUUCACAGGCUUAGCUAAUCUUACCCGACUGGAUAUAAGUGACAACAAGAUUGUCAUCCUACUGGAUUACAUGUUCCAGGACUUGCACAACCUAAGGUUUUUGGAAGUGGGGGACAAUGAUCUGGUUUACAUUUCUCACCGUGCAUUCAGUGGACUUUUAAGCCUGGAGAUGCUAACCUUAGAAAGGUGCAACCUGACAGUUGUACCCACUGAGGCCCUUUCCCACCUGCAUAACCUGGUCAGCCUCCAUUUACGAUACCUCAGCAUCAGCACUUUGCAUCCUUACUCAUUCAAAAAGCUGUUCCGGCUGCGGCAUUUAGAAAUUGAUAACUGGCCUUCACUAGACCAUGUGCCGGCCAACACCCUGCAUGGCCUAAACCUGACCGCUCUGUUCAUAACCAACACCAACUUAUCCUCCUUCCCUUACCAAGCCCUGAAGCAUCUGCCCUACCUGACACACCUCAACCUGUCCUUCAACCGCAUCAGGCACAUUGAAGGUGGGAUGCUGAUGGAACUGGUGCGGCUUAAAGAGCUCCAUCUCGUUGGAACUCAGUUAACCACCAUUGAACCGUAUGCCUUCCAGGGCCUGCGUGGGCUCAAAGUGCUCAAUGUCUCUCACAACCGACUGGACACACUGGAGAAGGGUGUUUUUCAGUCCCCAGAGGCUCUGGAGGUUCUUCUGAUUGACAACAACCCCUUGGUGUGUGACUGUCGCCUCAUGUGGAUCCUCCAGAAAAGGCACUCCAUCUUCUUUGGGGAAUCGCAGCCAGAGUGCAGCACACCUGAAGGCAUUCGUGGCAGGCCUUUUAAAGAGUUUAAGGAGACUCUCCUGUCUUAUUACGUGACAUGUACCAAGCCAAAAAUACGUGAGAACAAAACACAAACAAUCACUGUGGAUGAGGGCCAGCACGCGAUGUUGCACUGCAGUGCUGAAGGAACACCGAGGCCCAUGGUGUCCUGGUUGUCCCCACGUCGACGGGUUCUGACAAGUAGGAGCCAUGGAAGAGUUACCGUCCACAACAAUGGUACCCUGGAGAUCAAGUCAGCCGAGGUGCAAGACAGCGGUGUGUAUCUUUGCCUUGCCUCCAACAGUGCUGGGAAUGACUCCCUGAUGACUUCUCUGGCGGUGAAAAGCCUUGGAUCACUGUAUGCCAACAGGACCCAGUACUACACAGAUCCCAGCAAUACCACUGCCAACAGCACGGCCGGUGUGACCCUCGGUUUAGACCUAAAGACUAUUUUAGUGUCAACUGCCAUGGGUUGUUUCACAUUCCUGGGAGUGGUCUUGUUUUGUUUCCUGCUUCUUUUCGUUUGGAGCAGAGGGAAAGGAAAACAUAAAAACAACAUAGAUGUUGAAUAUGUUCCUCGGUCAAAGUCUAACGGCACUAACGUUGACUCCGCAGAGGGACAAGCUGGUCCCCGUCGUUUUAACAUGAAAAUGAUGUAA